UGCCACACAAACUGUAUGAACUUUGGAGCUGCAGCAGCACUUUUGCAACUCGGACGGGCCUGGGGCCUGGCUGGCUGGGGUAUAAAAGGCAGGAGCUGGAGCCGUGGAAUCAGUCUUGACUCAAAGAAGACUCGCUAAAGCCAAGGAACAGAGCUGCAUCGAACCCAUCAUGGGGGACACAAAGCUCUGCCUUUUGCUGCUUCUUUGCGCCUACGCCUUGGCCCGUAAUGCCGAAGAGGAAUCUCCAACUUGUUUGCUGGCAAAACGGUUUAAGAGCUUUAGAAACUACGUCUAUCAGUAUGAAACCGAAGCACUGAAUGGCGUGAGCGGAGCCUCCAACCUCAGGAACGGUGCCAAAGUCACCUGUAAGGUCGUGAUCGAUGUGCCUCAGACAUGCAGCUACAUAGUGUCCACCCCCGAGUGCACUCUGAGCGAGGUGUCUGACAUCGAUGCCGAGGGGCUGCCCGUGUACGCACCGGCUGCCGGAGCUGAUGCCUUCCAGGCCGCCAUGGAGAAGAACCCACUGAAGCUGACUGUGGAGGGUGAGUCUAAGGUGAGCCUGUUCCCUGAGGCAGAUGAGCCCACCAACAUCCUCAACAUCAAGAGAGGAAUCAUCUCUGCCCUGCUGGUGCCAGUGCUGGAGGAGGAGAAAAACAGCAACAUGGCCACUCUUCAUGGUCUGUGCAGCACUGACUUCACUGUCAACACCAGGGAGGACAUUGCCACCGAUGUCACCGUCACAAGAGACCUGUCUCAUUGCGACAGUUUCCGUCCCAGCAAGGACCUCACCAGCCCCCUGGCACUCAUCUCUGGCCUGCACAUUCCCCUCUCCACACUGAUCGGCAGCACCCAGACCUGCAACUACAAGUUUGACAAUGAGAAGAAGCACAUGACUGAGGGCACCUGCACUGAGAAACACAUCUUCCUACCUUUCUCUCACGAAGAAUAUGGAGUGUCAGCUUUGGUGAAGCAGACCUUGACUCUGCAGGAGUUGAGCAAGACCAAUGACAGAGUCUUUGACCACAAUGAGGCUAACCUGAAGGCCCUGCAGCUGGAGGCUGUUGAAGACAAGGCUCCCAUCCAGACUAAGGACGCUGUGCUGGCCACUCUGAGGGAACUGAGCACCCUUUCCCAGACCCAUCAGGGGAAGCAACGUGCCAGCCUCUUCCUGAAGCUGGUGACUCAGAUCCGAGGUCUGAAGAUUGAGGCCCUGGGCCCAGCUGUCCCAGAGAUGGUUGAGGUUUCCGGGCCCCUGACUUGGCAGGCUCUGGCCCAGUGUGGGACCCCUGAGUGCAGCAGUGCCAUCCUGCAGGUGCUGAGCACCAUGGACAAAACUGCUGUUGAGGUUGAUGCUGCCGUCUACGCUAUGGGGCUCCUGCCCAACCCCAGCAACCACCUCAUCCAGGAUGUGUUGAGCUUGGCACAGCACAAGCCGAGCAAGCCCAUAUUGUAUGCCCUAAGCAACAUUGUGAGAAGGGUAUACCAGGCUGAGGGCAAGGUCACUCCUGAGAUCAUCUCAGUAUCUGAGCACAUGGCUUCCCUGUUGGGCGAUUGCUCUGGUGACAAGGACCUGACUUUCCUGGCCCUUAGGGUGAUUGGCAAUAUGGGAACAGCUAUGGAAGCUGCCAACCCUGCUUUGAAGUCUGCCUUGCUCCAGUGUAUGACACAGCCCGCUGCCACCCCACCUGUCCAGCAGGCUGCCAUCCAAGCUUUCAGAAAGCUGACCGUGACUGAGGAGGCUCGUGGCGUUCUCCUGCAGACUGUGCUGGAUGGCGCAAGCCCCAUUCAGAAGCGUGUGGCUGCCUACCUGGUGCUGAUGAAGAACCCUGAGACUGCUGACCUGGCUCAAGUGAUCAGUGCUCUGCCAAAUGAGCAGGACCCACAAGCUAAGAGCUUUGUGGCCUCCCACAUUGCCAACAUCCUGAGUUCCACAGAUCCUGCCUCCCUUGCGAUAAAACAGAAGAUCACUGAGGCCUUGCAGGGCAAUGACAUCCCUGCGCCUAUGGACUUCACCAAGUUCUCCCGACACUACAAAAUGAGUAACAACCUGCAAGGAAAUGUUAUCUUUGACUCCACCAGCUACAUGCCCAAAGAGGUCAUGCUGGAGACUACCCUUAAAGCUUUUGGAUACGAUCUCGAUGUGUUGGAGAUUGGACUGGAUGGGAAAGGAUUAGAACCAACUGUUGAGGCCCUGUUUGGACCAGAUGGAUUCUUCCCUGACACCUUGACAAAGGCUUUGUACUGGGCCGGAGACAAGAUGCCGCCUGCAGUCAACACAAUUCUGAAGAACUGGUUGGAACCAUCAAAUGAGAGAUUGAAGAGACAGGUGCCACAAAACAUUGUGAGGGAAAUCAGCCGGAACAUCAACAAACUACUGAAGGAGCUGAAGUCUCAGCAGGCUCCUGAGGCCAUGGUUUACCUGAAACUGCUCGGAGCUGAGCUUGGAUACAUCAGGACCAAUGAGAUGGAAGAGAUGGCCUACUCAGCUGCUUUGCUUGCAGAUAACCUCCUGAAGAUAUUCCCCACGGAUAUUAUGAAGCUUAUUUCAAGCAUUGACAAUGAGUUGUUCAUCCACUACAUCUUCAUGGACAAUGAGUUUUCCCUGCCAACUGCUUCUGGUGUGCCACUCAAAGUCUCUCUGUCUGGGACCUUUGCCCCUGGAGCCAAGGGCGGCCUGCUCAUCUCACCUGGAAUGCAAGAAGUGUCUUUCAUGCCUUCCAUUGGAGUGGAAUUUGUGACACAGAUGGGUGUCCACAUUCCCGAGUUUGUUGUCUCUGCUGUCGAGAUGCACACCAACAUCUACCACGAGAGCGCACUCAAUGCCAAGGUUGCCAUAAGCAACAGCCAGAUCAAGCUGGCCAUCCCUGCUCCUCAGGGUACCACCCAGCUCUUGGACAUCAGCAACAGACUGCUCUCAGUAUCCUCCACUGACUCAAAAGCAAUACCACCCAUGACGGAGGACAGAACUGACAUUGUGAAGUGCGGAUCAGUCUUCCCCGGCUUGAAACUCUGCUCCACCCUGCGUUACUCUGGCAGCGGCUCAACUGAUGCUGCUCCCUAUUUCCCUCUCACUGGAGACACAGAGGUUGCUGUGGAGAUCCAGCCCACUGGAGAGGUGACUGAAUACACCGCCACCAUCGCCUAUGAACUCCUGACGGAGGGUGAUGACAAGGUGGAUGCCCUGAAGGUGAUCGUGAAGGCAGAGGGUGCAGAGCCCACUGAGGUCACAGCUGCUGUGAAAUACAACAGGAACAUAAACGUCCUCUCCACCGACAUUCAGAUCCCCGACUGUGACCUAGAGGCUGGAAUCAGACUGGGCGUCACUGACGAUGCCGCUAACGGGAAAGGGAUCAUCAUUGACAUCACCCACAAGAACAUCCCUCAGGUGUCUCUGAUUGGUCGUGCCAAACUUGAGGCGAUGAAGGACGGUUUGCUGCAGGUCCAGCUGACCAUCCCCUCUCUCAAGACUGAUGCCGCCAUCACUGCUGCCCUGAAGAGAGCUGAAGACCUGACCCUGGAGAUUGAGAGUGUCAUCAACAUCCCGGAGACUUCCUCCAUACAGAAAGUCAUCGUCAAAUACGAUGAGGACAAGGUUGUAGUUGAGCUGAAGUCUGACCUGAGCUCCGAGGUCCACAAACUCAUCCAGAACGCUGACGAAUACCAGAAGAUCAUCCAGGACAUCCUGGACCUGACAGUUUCUCAGACUGACACGACAGUGCGCCACAUUGUGUCCAAAUCCAUUGAGGCAACUAACAUCUGGCUGGACAGGGCUGCUGCUGAUGCCCCCAUCAUCGACAGCCUGAGAACAAUCCCAGAAUUAUACCUGCCUGAGAAACUGUUUCUGACAUCCGAGGGUGCACUCUCAUACCAGUUCAACAAGAAUCACUUCACCAUAACUCUCCCCCUGCCUCUGGGUGGAAAAUCUUUGGAGGAUUUGAACAUUCCCCCUACCCUGACCACCCCCCAUCUGACUAUACCCUACAUUGGCCUGGUGAUUCCCUCCACAGAGGUCAGAAUCCCCUCCAUUAUCAUUCCUCCCAGCUUCACGCUCUCACUGCCCCUUCUCGGAGUGGCUGAAGCGUCGGUCAAAGUGAACAGCAACUUCUACAACUGGGAGGGCUCAGUUUCUGUGGAUGCCCCUGGCUAUAUAGCCAAGGUCAAAGUUGUUGGUGACUCUCCUGUGGAAGUUCUCUCUUACACAGUUGAAGGUGCUGGAUCACUCACCAUCACACCUGCUGAAUCCCUGAAGGCUGUUGUCAGCAGUUCCCUGCAGCACAAGCUCCUUGCUGCCAGCUUGAGCCUUGAGGAAGUUGCAAGUUUAACAGACAAAUUGAACAUAAAAGCCACCACCAAGAUAGAGGCCUCAAGCCCGCUGGGUCUGAUGGCGUCCCUGUCCUACACUGCUCAAUCUGCCCUCACCACUGAAGAAAUUGCUGGUGAUAUCAACCUGGAUGGAGGCGUCAGAGUAGGCCCUGUGUAUGCAAAUGCCAUCUCCUCCCAGUCCUAUGUGGUCCUCCCUCUCAGCAGAGAGUUGAGAGGAGAGUCAACAUUGAGGGUAGACUCGACCCUCCUGGAGGCCCAGAACAGGAUCAAGGGAGUCAUUGCCAAUGGUGAGCUGUCUAUUGUGUCAAGCACCAACCUGUACAAUGACAUUGUGAAACAUGUGGCUGAGGUCAGCUUCAAGGAUGCCCGGCUCUCCCUGAAAUCUGAUGCGCUCUCCGCGGCCCUUGGAGCAAAACUACGAAACCAGGUUGAUCUUGCCGCCUCUGCAGAGUCAGCUACCGUCAGAGUAGAGCUCCAUGUGGAUGAAGCUUCUAACCGUGCCUUCUCCCUGCUCUCCGGUUCCCUGAGCAGCAGCGGCCUGGAGGUGAACACUGAAGGUUCCCUCAUGUUUGGCACCAGCCGUGGUUCCCACAAAGCCACUCUGACACUCGGCAGUGGUGGUCUGGCCACCAGUGGCACCACUACCCUGCAGAGUAGCCCCCUGACCCUUGAGAAUGUCUUCAAUGGUGGAAUUGAUGGCUCUGGCACCACCCUGUCAAUUAUGUCCAAGGGUUCCCUGCACGACAUGAAGAUCGAAAACACUAACACUCUGGCCCUCACUCUGUCCACCUUAGCCUUCCGUUCCCACACUGACAACUUUGUCAGCGACAGCACUUCAUACAAACACGACAUCACUGUUGACAUUAAGCCCUUCACAGCUUCUGUGAACAUCAACAAUGAUCUUAAACUCCUGGACAUCAUUGUCAACAAUGAAGGUGUGCUCAAGCUCCAACCUUACAAGCUGGACCUGACCGGCAGCCUGAAGGGAGCUUAUGGAGAAGAAGAGCUGAAACACACAUAUGAAAUUAACUAUGCUGAUGUUACCGCUACUGUGAAGUGCAGCACCACUGGCAAGGUGCUAGGAGCUCAUGCGAUCCAAAACACCGACUUGGAGGUUGCUGGACUCUCUGCAAAAUUCAAUAGCGAGGCUCGCUUCAACUCCCAGUCUCUCCGCCUUGACAGCACUGUCCGCACACUGGCUGUACCCUUCAGCCUCAGUGUCGACUCCAUUCUCAACGCUGAUGGUGAUGUGACCUUGGUUGGAAAGCACAGUGGUCAGCUGUACAGCAAGUUGCUGUUGAAGGCAGAGCCCCUGGCUGUCGCUCUGUCACACGACUGCAGAGCUUCCACUACCCAUCUGCUGGGCCCUGAAGUUGCUGCUGAGACCCACUUUGACAACAAGAUUGAUGGUCUAUUGAUUCCUCAGGAGCAGAGGGGAACAUGGAGGGUGAAAUCCAAGCUGAAUAAUCAUGCAUACAACCAAGAAAUCAGCCUGUACAACAACCCGGAGAGAAUUGGAUUAGAGCUGUCAGGGACAGUUCUCACAGACCUUCUGAACAAACCUGCCGCUGAGAACCAGGAGUUCGGCAUCUCCGGUUUCCUGAAGUACGACAAGAACAGCGACAGCCACGUUUUCCAGCUGCCUUUCAUUCAGAGUUUGCCUGCCACAUUUGAUCGGCUGAAAAUAUCCUUCGUUCGUGUUCUGGAGACUGUACAACAGUACGUUAACAGAGAAGAAAUCCGCUCCAGGCUAGAAAGUCUGCCUCAGGCUCUAGGUGAUUUUGUUAAAGAUCAGGAUCUGGAGACCAAAGUCAUUGAAGUAAAGGAGAAAAUAACUGCCUUACUGCAGGGGUAUGCUAUCACUGUGGAAGACUUAGAAGCUACCAUUGAACACAUAAAGGCUACCCUUGAAACAGUCCUGAAUGAUCUGGCAUCCAGAGUUACAGGAAUUGUAGCUAUCAUCAAGGAGGUAAUUGAAAGCGGGGCCUGGACUGAUACCUUGACAGACAUUCUCAUGCCAAUUGUACAAGAACUGAAGGCCAUUAAUGCAGAAUAUGAGAUCAGUGAAACCAUCGUCAGCAUCAUAAGUGUUAUUGAGGAUAUCAUCGGGCAGAUUGAUCUGCAGAAACUGAAGGACAGUAGCAUUGCUUGGUUACAGGAGCUUGAUGCUACAUUUGAAAUCAAAGCUAAGCUUCAGGAGAAAGUAAGUGAACUGAAACAGGUCAUUGCAAACUUUGACAUUACAGUAUUCAUUCAGGAUCUGAAAAACUUUGUCUCUUCCCUCAGUGUAGGAGGGCACAUUGAACAACUUGUUGCUCAGAUUCCCACAGAGGGCAUCAUCAGAAUUGUGGACUCCAUCAAAGGCGUGAUCCUUAAUCUUAUAAAGGAGUUAGAAAUCACGGACAAAAUCAAUGCUGUCUACGCUAAAGUCCGAGAGGUACUUGUGAAGCAUGAGGCUGACAAGAAAAUCGCAGAACUCUUGGAAAAGGUUGUAGAACUGGUCAAGCAGUACAAAAUUGAAGAGACAGUACAGGCAGUAGUUAACAUCCUGAAAUCCAUUGAUAUCCCAUCUUUAUCAGACAAAGCAUUGCUGCUACUGGAUGAAGCAGUUAACCUCCUGAAAACAGCCGACAUCAAGCUAAUAGUUGACAGACUCAAUGAGUACAUUGACGUUAUUGUCAAGACACUGAAGUCAUUUGAUUACAAUGCAUUUGUUGAUGAGGCAAAUCAAAAAAUCAGUGAAAUAAUCAGCUUUGUGAAUGAGCAGAUUCUGGUCUUAGAGAUCCCACAGAAAAUUGAGGCUUCCAGAGAAUUUGUCAGAUGGAUUCAGGCUUCUAUCCUUAACCUCUUGGAACAACUGAAGGAAACAAAAGUGGCGGAUGUAAUCAGUGUAGUGAAAGACAUAACCGAUGCCGUUGCAGUGAAUGACAUCAUUGCGAGCUUGAAACAGAAAAUCACUGAUAUGGACAUUAUAAGUGAAAUUCUUGUAUACCUGCAACACGCAAGUGAAUACUAUACCAGUGUCAUCAGUUUCAUUGCUGAACAACUCAACACUGUCUUUGAGGUGAUCCACAAGAUAGUUGAAGGCCAAGAAAUUGUCAACCAACUCAAGCAGAUUGUUGAUGGAGUUGUUAUUGCACUGAAGACUGCAGAGAUUGAAACCCCUACAUUCACUCUGCCCCUCACCGACCUUGUUGUGCCUACCAUUCAGAUCAACCUGGCAAAGUUGCAGGAGACCAGUAUCCCAGCUGAGAUCUCUAUUCCCGAGUUCACCAUUCUGAGUUUAUACACUGUCCCAGCCACCACCAUUGAUGUUGAGGGAAUCAAACAGAGAAUCAUUGCCUUGAUUGACAGCAUCAUGCACUUUUAUAUUCCGCUACCCGAGUCUGAGGUUCUAUUUGGAGAGCUGACGAUGCCCUACCUGUCCUCCCUGCCUGACUUUACACUGCCAGAAAUCACCCUCUCUGAAAUCAGCCUCCCUGAAAUCGCCAUCCCAAAACUCGGUCUGGAGAAUUUUGAUAUCACAACGCUUCAGAUCCCAGAGAUCGCACUGCCCUCAAUCCCCAGUGGAAUCGUGGUUCCUGCUUUUGGUAAACUCUAUGGUGAGAUCAAGUUAAACUCUCCUCAUUACAGCCUCCGAACCUCUGCUGAGCUCCGGAACUCAACGACCAACCCAGUGACUCCGCAGAUGACAGCUUACAUAUCAUCACAGGCUACAUCUUCCGCCGAGGUCCUCAACUAUGUUCUGGAUGUCACUGCCCGUGUUGGUAUUCCAAAAAUGAGCCGUGUUAUCAUCGCUGAGACAAUUAAAUUUACCCACACCGCUGCCUCACUUGAGCAUCAGGGCUCGGUGACCCUGUAUGGUCUAUCAGCUCAGGCCUCUGCUAAGACCACAGCCAAGGCCACAACUGCAAUCUACACUGCAAAUCUGGUCAACAGUGUAUUCUUUGCCCUGGAAAGUGGAAUCUCUGCUUCUCUGGACACUACCUACAACCACAUUUUGAACCUUCAAUAUGUUGAUCUUUCAAGCGAAGCCACCUUCACUCAAAAAGGUAUUCUCCGUCUGGAAGCUGGAACCAUCACUGUAACCCAUGGAACCACAGGCAGUGGGAAGUGGUCCCUUGAAGAUUACUCCGAUGAAGUAACCCACAAGAGUGACCUGGAUUGCAGCAUCAACGUGAACUCUGGCAAACUGACCUUCAGAGGCAUAACAGACAGCAAAAGCUUAAAAAUGAAGCAAAUCCUGAAUGCUGAUACCGUUAUUCUCAGCUCUAUCAAUCUUGAUGGUCGUAUUGAGACAGAAGCUCCCUUCAUAAAGAGCAGCCUUGUGGUAGUGAGUGGAAAGGCUAACAUGGGAGAUCUGAAAAUUGAACUAAGAGCUGCUCAUGACACAGAGCUCAUUGGUACGGUCAGUGGAACCCUGUCCAACUCAAUCAACCUUGUAGCUCAUCCAUUUGAUGUUGUUUUAGACUUACAGAACAAGGGCCAUGCUAUACUUGACCUUUCUGCAUCCUCCUUGUCUUUGACUAUGAAGACUGACCUUCAGAAUGAUUGUGCUGUCACUCUCAACACUGAAGUGCAGCAGGUUAACUGGGUGGCUUUGUCUCGACUUAACCAGAACAAAUACUCCCACAACAUCACACUGGAGAACAACAACAAGGACAUUGCCAUUUAUGCAGCAGUGAAUGGUGAAGUGAAUCUGGACAUUUUGACUAUGCCCAUUGCUAUCCCUGAGCUAAAUGUGCCAUUCAUUAAUGUGAGAACCCCAGCUAUCAAUGAACUGUCUCUGUGGGAAAACACAGGCCUUAAGAUCCUCCUGACUACAACUGAACAGACACUUGACAUAGAUUUGAAGCUUCAGUAUCAGAAGAGCCCACACACAAUUUCUGUCAUCAUAGAUCCCAUUGUGAUUCCAGCCAUAGGCAACCUGAUAUAUGAUUUCUCACUCAAGUCACCUGUGAUUUCUCUGGCUGCCAAUGCAGGCCUGUACAACCAGGAAGACAUUGUAGCCCGAUUUGGAGUUUCCUCAACCUCUGUGUUUGACAUUCUAAAAGGUAAACUGGAUGGGAGCACCAGCCUCACUAGGAAGAAGAGAAGUCUCAAACUGGCCACUGCCGUGUCCUUGGAGCACACAAACGUCGAGGCAAGCCAUGACAGCAUCAUUACUCUCAACAGGAAGGCCUUGGAAGCCUCUGUUACCAAUGUUGCUAAGGUUUCCCUCCCUAUCCUCAACCUGGAAGUCAAUCAAGAACUCCUUGGAAACACUAAGGCUAACGUGGCCUCCAAAAUUAAGGCGAAGUUCAGCUUUAACCUGCCCUUGAUAGAUGCCAUUGGCAGUGGAGAUAUUGAUCAUCACCUGGCCCUGGACGGACUGUCUAGCCACAUCUCCUUGGAUGCAUCUACGAAGGGAAAGAUUGAGGGAACAGUGUUGACAAGUGGUAAUUUUGCUGGAGCUUUGAACAAUGAGGCUAACAUCCACCUGGAUACCAGUGGCCUGCGCUCCACUCUGAAGACCGAUGCCCACUCUAAUGGCAACUAUGGUGAGACCAGUAUCUGGAGUCUGGACUUGAAUGAAGACUUGGCUCUUGAAGCAUCUCUAAGCCGUGUAUCUGCAGUGCUGAACUUCAUCAGCAAACUGGCACAGCCAAGCAGUAUUGGAGAGGCAAGCGUCCUUCAAAACAUCAUCCUUGAGAUUGCUGCAGGGCAACAGAAGCUGACCUGGAAAGGCAAGGAGCAACUCAUGUCUGUUGCUCACAGCUGUGACUUGCUGCUGUCCAACGAUCUGACAGAAAUUCGCGCGGAGGUCAGCGGCUCACUUGAUGGUCACGCUGCCUUGCUGAAGGCUAUCGAGCUUCCCAUCUACCACAAAAACCUUUGGGAGCUGCUGAAGUUUGACCAGGUCACCAGAGAGGAAGACCUGCAGUCCCUCAAGGGCUCCGCUAUUGCAGUGUACACCAAGAGCAAAAAUGGACUUGUACCUGUGGCUGUAUCUGCCACUGUGGCAGUCUCUUCUCCCAUUUACAGCACAACACUGACUGCAAGCCUGGAGGACACGGCCUCUGCCUACGUUGCUUCACUCAAGUCCUCCUGCACUUCCACUAUACUCCUCCUGGCACAUGAUCUGGAUGCCACUGCAACUGCAGGCCUUGAGGAUGGGGCCCUGAGCCUGAACAACAAGGCUACCUUCACCCACAGUGACCUGAAGAUAGACUUACAACAUGUCCUCUCACAAGUUAUGAGGAGGAAACGCCAAGAUGCACCAGAUGCCAGCUCUUCCCGUCACAUUCUGAAUGUUGACAUCACCAGCCCAACGUUCACUGACAUAAGCAUCCGCUAUGCAUCUGGCAAAGACAGUGUCAGCGCCUCUGUUUCAGCUCCAACUUCUGGAUUCCUUGGAUUACAGCUGCAGGGGAAGAGCCUGUCACAUUUGGCAGCGCGGCUGUACGGCAGAUACCCGUCUGAACCUGAGAAUGAUGUGGAGAUCCUCAAUGUCAAAGUGGCCGAGAACCUCCACACUGCCUGGAACAAGGAAGCCACCAAUGAGAUACUCCUGGGGUUGAAGGAGAGAGUGCCAGCCAUCACUGCCUCUCUGUAUAACUUUGCUGACAAGUACCACAGUGCCCACUUCGGCAUGGACAUUGGCAGUGCCUCACAUGAGCUGAAGAAUGCCAUCUCCUCCACUAUUGAGGGGGCUUACCUCACUUCUGCUGACCUCCCAGAAUUGAGCCAGUUGUCCAUCCUCUUCAGGAACAUCAUCAGGCAUUACCAGAACACCAUUAAGCUUGUGUUAGACACAGUCAUCAAAGUCCUGAGGGAGCUCCAACUCCAGCUGCCCGGGCUUGAGGGAAGGCUCACUUUAUCUGAGAUCUGCCAGAGGGUUCUGAGCUCUGCUGCUAUAGUGAUUGACCACGUCAUAGAGAAGAGCAAUGGCUACCUGGAGCCCUAUAUUGAGGCCAUCAUUGACCACCUGAGCAAUGUCCAGAUAACUAUGCCUGGCACUGAGGAGGCCCUCACUGGUAGACAAAUCCUGGAGGAAGUCAAAUCCACCAUAAAGACGAUCCAGAGUAAAACUGUAUAUAUGGUGAAGCAUCUCGAAAGCCUUGAUGUGAUUCUGCAGAAGCUAGAAGACUUGAUUCAUGACUGUGCCCAGAAGGCUGAGGAGUUCAUUGCCACAUUGAAGUCCGACAUCCUGGAAGAACUUCUCACCCGCGUUCAUGCCAUCGUCUCUGAGGCUCUCAAACUGGUUAAGAAUGUCUUUGAGGGAGUCCACGCCCAGAUAACCCUGGAACGGCUGAACAGCAUCCUGCAGACCCUGACUGAAACAGUCAGCACCCCCUUGACUAAGCUCACCAGCACAGCCAUUGAUGUUGAACCACACGUUUCUGAGGAGGUGCCAGCUCCUGAGGAAGUUCAUGCUCCUGAGGAGGUGCCCGCUCCAGAGGAAACACCAGCUGCUGAGGAGGUGCCCGCUGCAGAGGAGGUGCCCGCUGUUGAGGAAGUACCAGCAGCAGAGGAGGUGCCAGCUCCUGAGGAGGUGCCCGCUGUUGAGGAGGUGGCAGUCGCAGAGGAGGUGCCUGCCGCGGAGGAGGUGCCCGCCGCGGAGGAGGUGCCCGCCGCUGAGGAGGUGCCCGCUGCUGAGGAGGUGCCCGCUGCUGAGGAGGUGCCUGCCGCUGAGGAGGUACCUGCUGCUGAGGAGGUGCUAGCAGCUGAGGAGGUGCCAGCUGCAGAGGAGGUGUAA